AUGGUAUUUAAAAUUGGCAAUCAAUCACGGUUAAUUGAUCGAAUAAGCACGCCACAUAGGCAUGAUAACCUGUCCGAAACCAAUAAGGAAUCUGAAAGCAGCGAUAAAAAGAAUUGGAAACAACUAGUAAAAGUCAAGAGCCCAAAUGCUAAUAAAUUGUUCUCCCUGCGAGAAUCUCCUAAACCAAGAAAGGAAUCGUUACCGAUCAAAAGGCAGGACAUUUCCCCCAAGAGUCAAUACAGUACACCUACCUCGAGUCCAGGACUGGCUUAUCGGAGUCCAAAAAAGAUAAUGAACCCCCGCAAUACGUAUUCGCGAUCAUUUGAUGACUACACAAAACCAGGAUUGGACUUUUCUUUUGAAGCAAUAUUGGCAGAUAAUAGACCAUCAUUAACUUCUCUUUUACAAGACGAAUCGGAAGAAAUACCACAAGCGUCGCCCGCAAAAAAUCCAGUUGUUGAAGUAAGGAGAGGGAAAUGCUUUAUAUGUCAUGAAUUACUUGCAAGGAUAUUAGCUUCUGAGAGAGUCAUAACUUUAGCUUGCGGAGAUUCAGUUCAUAGUGAAUGUUUUAAAGCCUUACUUGCAAGUGAGAUUCACGACCUCCACAGUAUUCCAUCGUCUCCUAAGAAAAGAAAUGUCAUUGAAUUCCUGAAAAUAUGCAAGGGUGAGUCUUGCGCUUCUAAAAAAGUUGAAAGCAAGAUCGCUAUUGAUUUCGAUAAAUGGAACUUAGUGUGUUCAGACUUAAGCUCACCAAAAUUUUCAUCACAGAAGGAAAUGAACUGGAAGAGACAGAGUAGCGUCGUUAGCGCAUUAAAAUCGUCACUCUUGGAAGAUAAAGACUAUCAUGCUACUUUUAGUCCCUCAAAAUCACCACCUGACACAGGAAACAGUAGCAUUACCUUCAAUGUCCUAAAAUCAACCCUUGUGCUGCCGAGUGCAUCAUUUUUGAAGAAAGAAGAGAAGCCGCUUCCAGCAUCUCCCGAAGACAACGAUGAUUUCGAACCAAUUCAUACCAACAAUUUUUCCAAGUUCCCGAUUCCUAGAAAUAAUAGUAGAAGAAGCUUACAAAGAGGCAGAAGCAGUGGAACUAUGGAAGGAAGGUCGAGGUCCACUUCACCGGUCCCUUCGAUAGCUACCCUGAAUACAGUGUCUUACAAAUAUGACCCAAAAGAAGCUGAAAGAAUCAAGAAUGAGUUGAUGAAUAUAUUAUUAGAGAAAUGCAGUGGAAUACAAUUUUCGAAACUUCCACAGCUUGGAGAACUCAGAAUAGCUGACGAAUUGUCAGUUUGUUCCCACUCAAACGGUUCUUUCACUUCCAGAUAUUGCUACUUGUUUGAAAACUAUAUGCUAAUAUGGGAUAUUCGAGACAUCCAUGAUCCAGUUUUUAUUCCAAUCCAAAAAGCCAAAAUCUCUUCCAAAGAGUCUGUAUUACACAUUUCGCAGACAAAUAACAAUAACCCAAUUACAAUUCUGUUAAAAUCAAACUCGAGUUAUAUAAUUGAAAAAUGGGUGGCAGCCAUCUCUGACUUCAGUAUUGCCAUCCCAGACGAGGUCAUAACAUCCACAAUAAACGUUAGGAGACGUCCAAGUAGAGUCUCCACAAUUCCUUCUGAGAAUGAAUCUGAAAGAGAUUAUAUAAUCCAAGAACCCAAAAGCCAGGACAGGGAAAUAAAUGCCCGAAACCGCUGUUCUUCCUACUAUGAUUCAGAUUCAGAUCGUGAGUUGAUAAAUACAGCCUUAGCAACAAGAGAUGUGUCACAGGACUCGGGUGAUGUAAAUGGAAUUGAAAAUCGCAUCUCUCAAGGUGAUGGAAGCUUGUUCAAUACAAAACCUUUAUUAGAAGAUUGGAGCGAGUUAAUUGUCCAAUUAGACGACGUUCUUAAGAACGAGACAUUCGUUUAA